AGUGACGGCCUUCUCCCAUCUCCUCCGGCGUCGGCCUCGACGUCGGAGCUCAGUCCUCCUUCUUCCUUCAGGCCCUCCUCUCCUCAUGAGGAAUAAAAAUCCGUCCAAAAAGUCUCCGCCGCCUUCUGCGGCUGCUCGUUCCGAUCCGCCUCCUGCGGUUGCUCGCUCUUCACCUCCACCUUCUCUUUCUUCGUCCGUUGUCGUUGCUCCGGCCACCGUCUCCUCAGGUGCCCCAAUUUCACCCGCUCUGGCUGUUGUCGACUCUUCUCCGGACCCUUUUCCCUCUGCUUCCGCCUCUGGCCCAAGUGAAGCUCCCCCUUUGUCAGAUCUGCUCCCAAUCCGGCCAGAUCUGUCCUCUCCUUGCCCUGUCUCUUCUCAAUCUUUGACAGAGACGAACCCUGCUCCUUCUGCUCCCAAAUCUGCGAAAGCUGCGACAGCGGCGGACCCAGUUCCUUCAGCCUCUUCCUCCGAUGCUCCUUGGCUAAACUGCCCGAGAGCUAAAGCUAAAGCUAAAGGUCCUUCUAAGCCUCGCAAAAAGAAGAUAAAAGAUGCUCCUCUUCCGCCUCCUUCUCAGAGCGUCCCUGCUCCCUCUGUCAAAGGUAAGGAAAAAGCAGUGGAGGCUGCAAGUCCACCUCUCCCUGUGUGGCAAUUGAAGCAGGUUCAGGCUCCCCCUAACAGCUCCUCAGAAUGGAUCCAAGUAAAGCCAAUGUCUGCGAAGAAGCCGCUUGUGGUUCCUAGCCCCUUAUGCGCUUCUUCUUCUUCCUCUCAAGGACUGCUUAGUAUUGACAUUGGUUUGGAAAAAGUGCAAGCUGAAAAAGCCAUUUCUGCAGGCUCUAGCAUUGCCUCUGAUUCGUCGGAUGUUCACUCUUCUGAGGAUGAUGUGGACCCUGAGGUUGAUGAAAGUCAGUUUUUGAAGAUGUUCUCACAGAGACAACAAAGGAAAGUGCGGGGCAAGGGCCCCAAACCCAACUGAUCAAUGUGUAUAGAUAUUUUUUGCUGGAAUGUGAGAGGUUUUAAUAAAUCAAGUCACAGAAG